AUGGUCUGCAUUUCCUCGGCUGUCGGGGGCACCGCGCCUGGUAGGGGCGUGGAAGAGUGCGGGCCCAUUCUGCAGUGCCUCGUGCUGGGCUGUGAGAGGGCUCGAGCCCUGCGCGGCAACAGCGCACCUCAGCGCACCUCAGCGCACCUCAGCGCGGCAACAGCGCACCUCAGCGCGGCAACAGCGCACCUAAGCGCGGCAACAGCAAACCUCAGCGCGGCAACAGCGCACCUCUGCGCGGCAACAGCGCACCUCAUCGCGGCAACAGCUCACUUCAGCGCGGUACAGCGCACCUCAGCGCGGCAACACGCACCUCAGCGCGUCAACAGCGCACCUCAGCGCGUCAACACCGUACCUCAGCGCGGUAACAGCGAACCUCAUCGCGGCAACAGCGAACCUCAUCGCGGCAACAGCGCACCUCAUCGCGGCAACAGCGCACCUCAGCGCGGCAACAGCGCACCUCAGCGCGGCAACAGCGCACCUCAGCGCGGCAACACGCACCUCAGCGCAUCAACAGCGCACCUCAGCGCGUCAACACCGUACCUCAGCGCGGAAACAGUGAACCUCAUCGCGGCAACUGCGCACCUCAUCGCGGCAACAGCGCACCUCAGCGCGUCAACAGCGCACUCAGCGCGUCAACACCGUACCUCAGCGCGUCAACACCGUACCUCAGCGCGGUACAGAACACCUCUGCGCGUCAACAGCGCACCUCAGCGCGGCAACAGCGCACCUCAUCGCGGCAACAUCGCACCUCAGCGCGGCAACAGCGCACCUCAUCGCGGCAACAUCGCACCUCAGCGCGUCAACAGCGCACCUCAGCGCGUCAACACCGUACCUCAGCGCGGCAACAGCGCACCUCAUCGCGGCAACAGCGCACCUCAGCGCGUCAACACCGUACCUCAGCGCGUCAACACCCGCGUCAACAGCGCACCUCAGCGCGUCAACACCGUACCUCAGCGCGUCAACACCGUACCUCAGCGCGUCAACACCGUACCUCAGCGCGUCAACACCGUACCUCAUCGCGACAACAGCGCACCUCAUCGCGGCAACAGCGCACCUCAUCGCGGCAACAGCGCACCUCAGCGCGGCAACACGCACCUCAGCGAGUCAACAGCGCACCUCAGCGCGUCAACACCGUACCUCAGCGCGUCAACACCCGCGGCAACAGCGCACCUCAGCGCAGCAAAAGCGCACUUCAGCGCGGCAACAGCGCACCUCAGCGCGGCAACACCGUACCUCAGCGCGGCAACAGUGAACCUCACCAAGGCAACAGCGCACCUCAGCGCGGCAUCAGCGCACCUCAGCGCGGCAUCAGCGCACCUCAGCGCGGCAAAAGCGCACUUCAGCGCGGCAACAGCGUACCUCAGCGCGGCAACACCGUACCUCAGCGCGCGCGGCAACAGCGCACCUCAGCGCGGCAACACCGUACCUCAGCGCGGCAACACCGUACCUCAGCGCGGCAACACCGUACCUCAGCGCGGCAACACCGUACCUCAGCGCGGCAAAAGCGAACCUCAGCGCGGCAACAGCGCACCUCAGCGCGGCAACAGCGCACCUCAGCGCGGCAACACGCACCUCAGCGCGCGCGUCAACAGCGCACCUCAGCGCGGCAACAGCGCACCUCAUCGCGGCUACAGCGCACCUCAUCGCGGCAACAGCGCACCUCAGCGCGGCAACAGCGCACCUCAGCGCGGCAACACGCACCGCAGCGCGUCAACAGCGCACCUCAGAGCGUUAACACCGUACCUCAGCGCGGCAACAGCGAACCUCACCAAGGCAACAGCGCACCUCAGCGCGUCAACACCGUACCCCAGCGCGCGCGUCAACAGCGCACCUCAGCGCGUCAACACCGUACCUCAGCGCGUCAACACCGUACCUCAGCGCGUCAACACCGUACCUCAGCGCGUCAACACCGUACCUCAGCGCGUCAACACCGUACCUCAUCGCGACAACAGCGCACCUCAUCGCGGCAACAGCGCACCUCAUCGCGGCAACAGCGCACCUCAGCGCGGCAACACGCACCUCAGCGAGUCAACAGCGCACCUCAGCGCGUCAACACCGUACCUCAGCGCGUCAACACCGUACCUCAGCGCGCGCGGCAACAGCGAACCCAAGCGCGGCAACAGCGUACCUCAGCGCGUCAACACCGUACCUCAUCGCGACAACAGCGCACCUCAUCGCGGCAACAGCGCACCUCAUCGCGGCAACAGCGCACCUCAUCGCGGCAACAGCGCACCUCAGCGCGGCAACACGCACCUCAGCGCGUCAACACCCGCGGCAACAGCGCACCUCAGCGCAGCAAAAGCGCACUUCAGCGCGGCAACAGCGCACCUCAGCGCGGCAACACCGUACCUCAGCGCGGCAACAGUGAACCUCACCAAGGCAACAGCGCACCUCAGCGCGGCAUCAGCGCACCUCAGCGCGGCAUCAGCGCACCUCAGCGCGGCAAAAGCGCACUUCAGCGCGGCAACAGCGUACCUCAGCGCGGCAACACCGUACCUCAGCGCGCGCGGCAACAGCGCACCUCAGCGCGGCAACACCGUACCUCAGCGCGGCAACACCGUACCUCAGCGCGGCAACACCGUACCUCAGCGCGGCAAAAGCGAACCUCAGCGCGGCAACAGCGCACCUCAGCGCGGCAACAGCGCACCUCAGCGCGGCAACACGCACCUCAGCGCGCGCGUCAACAGCGCACCUCAGCGCGGCAACAGCGCACCUCAGCGCGGCAACACGCACCGCAGCGCGUCAACAGCGCACCUCAGAGCGUUAACACCGUACCUCAGCGCGGCAACAGCGAACCUCACCAAGGCAACAGCGCACCUCAGCGCGGCAUCAGCGCACCUCAGCGCGGCAUCAGCGCACCUCAGCGCGGCAAAAGCGCACCUCAGCGCGGCAACAGCGCACCUCAGCGCGGCAACAGCGUACCUCAGCGCGGCAAGCGCGCACCUCAGCGAGGCAACACCGUACCUCAGCGCGGCAAAAGCGAACCUUAGCGCGGCAACAGCGCACCUCAGCGCGGCAACAGCGCACCUCAGCGCGGCAAAAGCGCACCUCAGCGCGAGCGCUUCCGUGGGCGUGGUGAAAGUCGCCGAGGACAAGCGGGCAGCGACCAAUCACAGCGAGGCGAGACGGGUGACGCUGCUGUUCAGUUGUGGUCUGCACGGGUGA